AUGCCGCUAAUCAAACGAGCGGUUUCGCCAGUGCAUGUUAGCCGAGUGAAAAUACCUCCUGAAGUAACCAACGGCGAGCUUCAAUAUGUUGCAAACAGUACCUUGGCAAACUUAAUAAGACAACUCAGUUCUAUCAGUAAACACGCCGAGCACAUCUUUGGCGAGAUUUACCUGGAGGCAAUGAAACUCGACCAUAAGUCGAACACGCUCGAGAAACGCAUCGCAAACCUUACCGAGAAAGUUUCGAAACUGGACUCGACCAACGAACAAGCUAGCUUAGGCGAGCUGCAGAUGAGGAAGCCGUUCAAGAGUUCCAUGUUGAUAGACCAACAUACACUCGAUCGUAGCACGUUACCGGUUGCUCUUGCUGAAGUCUACUCAAGAUGUGAUCCUCCACCUAAUCUGGAUGCUCUUAACCCUUUUAGAGAUCCAGGUGCGCCAAGUGCAUUAUCCCUUUAUACCAACCCGUCAUUUUUCUUUGAUUUAUGGAGGCAGGAAAUGCUCAAGGAUUGCGCGGAUAACACUGCCAGGAGACGAAUCAAAUCGCCACCUCCAGAUGGUCUCAAUAUGGUGAGAAGUCCGAAAAAACGACGACAACGAUUGCCAAUGCAACAACAAGAAGUGCCUAGGCAACAAGCAGCAAGGUAUAUGUCUUCACUUCGAAACACGCGCACCGCAGCGCCUUCAUUCCCUGAUGAGUAUCAAACUCCACAAUCUUUGGGCCUGCAACUCCACAAGACCAAUCAGAUUCAGCACAUCCAACCUAUUCAAACAUCCACUCCAUCGCAAAUCAGUGGAAUGAGCCAUCGUGUUGCUCCAACUCCAGACAAUCGACAACGGGUAAAUCUUUCUCCACCGAAGGAGCUCAAGCGUGAACUUCCUCCGCCCGAUCUUGCGCUUCUGUCAAUUGACGAUGAGGAUGAGGAGCUCCCACCUCCACCGCCUACACUGAUGCAUACUAGUGUUGUUAAUCAUCUGCCGUCUCCCCCUCCAAGCGCUAUACAACUUGUGCCGAGUGACACUCAAGCUGUGGUCCCUCCUCCGCCAGCACCUCCACCGCCUCCACAGAACCUCAUUACUGCACCAGCUCCUUCAGCUGCUACUUUUGGAGCUUCGGCAAAGCCUACAACCGAAACUGAGGAGGAAGAGAAGAAGCCCGAUACGCGAAGUAACUUGCUGGCCGAGAUUCAAAGUGGAAUCAAGUUGAAAAAGGUGCGACUAGCUGAGGAGGCUGCAGCUGACAAAGCUGCUGCUGAAGCGAAUGAUGUAGCCGCUAUUCUGAAACGUAGAAUGGAACAUGUGAUGGGCAACGAAGAUGAGGAGUCGCAAAGUAGCGGUGACGACGGAGAAUGGGAAGACUGA